AUUAAAGUGGCCUCCAAGGCUACGAACAAAACGCGGAUUGGCCGUCUUUUCCUUGAUUGGCAAAGCGGACGACGCCGUCGGAGCCGACGACUCUUCUGGAUGGCGGCGGCGGCGGCGCUGUCACGGUGAUGCGGAAUGGAGAAAAGUGUUCAAGUUUCCGGAUUGUAGGGUCAGUCCGGUGUCAUAACAAUGUCAGCCCCUAGCUGUCACACGCACUCUCUUCGUCCAUCCCUUCUCUUGCCUCCCCUGUCCAGAACUAGGGCUCAGGCACUCACCGGAAGAACAUCGCUCCUUCUCAAUCGGCCUUCAAAUACACGCCUUCUUGAUUCUCUCUCCAUUUCCAGAAACAGAUGGAAGAUUUCAUGCUUUAGACAUGAAGAUGCUUCUUCAGAUUUUCUCGAUUCCAAGAAUGCAGAGGAGAAAUUGCCAGAAAUAGUGGCUAAUUCUGGGCUCAAUCAAUUGAAUAAUGGGAAGGACAAUUGGGUUUCAAAACUUAGAAGGAUUGCAGAUCCGGUUUUUAGAGCAGAACCUUGGACGGUGCCAUGGACAGCAAAAACCAUUCUGCAGGUGAUGCUCCUCUGGAUUGCCUCCUUCUGGUUAGUAGGAUCUUGGAUAAUUCCACUCUUGGCUCAUAUAGCAGGUUUCAGAAAGGAAUCCUUGACAUACAGAGGACAAGCUUUGUACAGUCUUUUAACAGAUGUGGCUGAAGGUCUUGCUGGGAUUGCAAUCCUCCAUCACUGUCUCUCAAGUUUCCGUCCCCUGCCACGUGACUGGUUCAGGUUUAGCCUAAAGGGGAAGUGGCAGUUUGAUGUUGGCUUGGGCUGCCUCAUGUUUCCCCUGGUCAACCGGCUCUCACAAGUAAACGCAAAUUUGUUGCCUAUUCUUCCAUCUACACCUGUCACUGUCUCAAGUGUUGAGCAAUCAAUUGUUGCACGAGAUCCAGUAGCAAUGGCACUUUAUGCCAUAGUGGUGUCAGUUUGUGCUCCUGUUUGGGAGGAGAUUGUCUUCCGAGGGUUCCUUCUCCCUUCAUUGACCAGGUACAUGCCCUUAUGGUGCUCAAUUCUUGUGAGUUCAAUAGCUUUUGCCUUGGCACAUUUCAAUUUGCAGAGGAUGCUCCCUCUUGUAUUCCUUGGUGUGGUGAUGGGUGCUGUUUUUACACGGUCAAGAAACCUGUUGGCAUCCAUGCUGCUGCAUAGCCUCUGGAAUGCCUUUGUAUUUCUAGAUCUUAUGAAAUGACAUUCUUUUUAUGUAUUUCAUUUCCAUUAAUUAGUUAUACUGUCUAUUUCACUUCUUCUGUGUAUAUGAAGUCGUUGGUUUUUAGGAAUUUUUGACAUUGAUUAGACCCAGAUUCUCCAUUCAUUUCAA